UCGAGUAACAUGGAUAUAGAUGUUUGACCCAAUUUCGCCAUUCGAGAGUUAAACACCUUCGCUCCCAUGUCACUCAUACGCGACUGACACGCGAGUUUCUAUAGAAAUCAGUUAAUCUAUCAAACUGUGUACCACCAUAAACGAAGAAAAAUAAUCGCAGGCCACAAAGUUUGAUCAAUAUCCUGAAAAAUGAUGGCCGUCUGCUAUCCAUCGACCCAUUUAGGGGUACCAUACGAAACCAGCCGGCUGAUUCAUCGAGUUUAAAAAAAAAAAAGAACAAGAUAAUACAGUGGAGUCCAAAAAGCAUUUGUACAACAUUUAAAACAGUUUUCCUGAUUUCGACAAAUUGUAAUUUUUUAGUAAAUUAGUAUAUAUCUUAGUAAAUUAAUUUGUAUAACUUCUCAAGAAACCGCAAGUCAUUUGCUCCAAUUUUAAACGAGGUACAAAUACUUUUUCGACCCACUGUACUUAGACCCAUAUUGCACGCUUGAAUAUCAGCUGAUUCACGAGUAUUACGUAAACCGAUGGAAAUGAACGCAACGAUUCUUUGUCGAUCGUUUUUCCAUUCGAGGAAAGCUUGUUAUUUUUCAAACGAUUUUUCACCCCCAGGGGUAAAACGCGUCACAGGCGGCUGCCUUUAAUCACCUGUUACGCAAGUGGUUCGAGUUUUCCUCGACACGGUGUCCACGUCACUUUCUCUUCUCUCGUGGAAAAUUAUUAGGUUCCGCAAUUUCCGGCGGCAGUGUACCUACGUGCAUCCGGUUGGAAUGCAAACACGGACAGAUCGUGCAGGUGGUAGCAUAGGUGUGACCGAGUGCAGAAAGACUCGUUGAUUUUGCAAUAAACCGAUCGAAGGUGUGUUACAAAGUCGUUAGCAACUAGCUGUAUCGAACCGUUGAAAAAUUACGCUUUUCGUUCUUUUUCCUCGCCAUCUUGUCGCGAUAUUUGUAGAGAAAAAUGUUGAACAGGUUGAAUCGGUACCGCGGGUGACCGGUAGCCGGUUGGUACACGAAUUUAAGGGGAAGAAAAGUUGUAAAUGUUACUUACCUAAAUUACACGAGUAACGCAAAGUAUCGAAUUGCCUUUGGAAAUUAGAAAUCUUUCGUCUGACUAUAUAUGGCUCUUUCUACCGCGGCGAUUGGCUCGAUCGGUUUCGAAUUUAACCGGUGUGUUUUCCUUCGGCUUUACGAGCUCGCGAGCACGUUUGCGGUAACAGAAACGUUUAAGAAUUCUUAAUCGCGUACGAUUCGACGAGCAGCGGAUUGUUGAGUAAAUAUCGUGGGCGCUCGACGUGGGCACACGUCUUUGGCCUGCUUUUUACCAAGCAAACAUUCGCCGCUCGAGCUGACUUGAAAAUCAUAGCAAUCCAAUAAUAACUGUUCGCAUCGUUCAUUUUUUCCACCUAACAAACAGAGUAUCCUUCUCUGAUUACUUACCCGUUCAAAGUGCGAGCAGAUUUCUCGUCGUUUCGAAAUCUUUAUUCGAAAAACCUUUCAGCGUACAGAUGUUAUCCGAUUAUUUCGAGGAAACAACGCGAAGGAACGCGUUUCUCCGACCAGAGUGAAAUAUCGUACGCAGGCACAAUCGUGUCCGUGACUUUUCCUCUGGCCGCUUAUCUGUUUCGAGUUGGCGCGAUCGAAAAGAGCCAGGGCAAUUUCGCGGAGGAUCUUCAUCUGGUGUAGGAAGGUCGCGUGGGAAGCGAUCAGGAUCUCGAGGAUAGUCGGAGGUGGUGAAGAAAAGGAGGACGAGCUAGAAGCCACGCGUGAAACUCUGAGAAAAACGAUACAUUAACCGCGAAAACUAGGUCGUUGCAUAUCAAAUGGCCGAUUUCGAAACAUAGAAAGUGCGACACGAUUUGAUGACAGAAAAUAGUUGAAAAACUUUGAAGCCUUUUACGACGUUAUGACAUUUCGUUCGCCAAGUCGUUGAAACAAUCAGCACCAUGGUGGUGUCUCAUCGCGAGGGCAGCAUUUCCUCGAACAUACGAGCGAUAAUCGAGCAGCUGAAUUUAAAUCCAGUUGAAAGAAGGCGAUUAAUCGAUCGAACGAAACAGGACAAUACCCGAUGCAAAAGCUUUCCGGGUGUUCAACCGACGGCGAAGAUCAGCAUCGGAGUGUACGGGUGCAAGGAGAAGGUUGAUUACGAAAUACCGGAACCGAUGAAACGCGUGUGCAAAUUCGAGGAUAGAUUUAGGGGCAAGGCAGAGAUCGGAGGAAGAAAAAUCGUCGGGAUUAAGAAAGAGGCUACCGCGACCAUCGAGGAUCAUGCGGUCGAGGAGAAGAAGGAGAACAAGGGGGUUGGAUCGGUAAGAUCGACGUACAAGAUCGAGGAUCGGCCAAGAUCGAAGCCGGAGAACAGACGAACGAUCCUUCAGGCUAAACGAGAGCAGUUUGUUCGAGCCGAAGACAGGAUCGAGGACAAAACGGAAGAUGAAUCGAUGGGAUCUGCGAGACCUUCGUGCAGGAUCGAGGAUCGACCACGCUCGAAGCCGGAAGUUAGACAGCGGAUCCCUCCAGUUAUCAAAGAAGCGAAUCCACGGAUAGAAGAGAGCUGCGAGAGUUCAAGAUCGCCAAAGGACGUGGCUGAUCGAAUUAUCCCUGUGGCCAAAGAAGACUUACCGCAAUUAGAAACCGUCAGCUUGAAUCAUACAGCUGCGCACCAUCGAAUUUCCGUACGACCUAAGAACCGAAGACCACCGAGGCGCACCGGUUUGCAAGCGAGCAGCACUUCUACGUCAACCAUCACGACCAUCGCGGAGGACUCGUUGGACAGCCUGGACCAACAGAACACGAACAGCAACGCGUCCUCGCCGACCGAAACGAAAACGGUAUCGGUAACGAGAAAAUCCUCGAGUAGAUUAUCCCGAACGUCGGACAUCUUCGAAGAGUUAGAGGCCAAGCUGCCCAGGAAACCGUCGAGCGCAGCCUCCUUGUCUCCGGACAGCUUGGACGCCAUUAGUCCUUCGAGGACGAGCUCGGAGGUGAACGAGGAGCAAGGAGAAGCGCGAUCGAUAGUCAGAAAGUCGUCGAGUCGAAUAGCAAAGAACUCCGAGAUCUUCGAGGAGCUGGAAGCCAAGCUACCGCGAAGAAGAUCCUCCAACAGGCUGUCCAAGUCUCCCGACAGCCUGGAGGUUGGCUCCUGUUGGUUCUCCAAAUCCAGCGAGGGCUUCGACAAGCUGACAGAGUACGAGGAAGCGAAACCCGUGGCCAGAAGAUCGUUGAAUCCGAUCUCGAAGUCGAUCGACCGUGUGUCCAAGUCCUCGGACAGUCUGGAGGCUAUAGAGGCGCUCGCCAGCGACGAGUCGAUCGAACGCAGGAGGAGCAGCUUCGAGUUCCGUGCUCGCCGAUCCUCCAAGAACAUAUCCAAGUCUUCCGAAAGCUUCGAGGUGCUGGAACAAACCCAGACCGUCGAGGACACGAUGCAGGAGUUGCAGAAGAGGAGCAGCAUCUCGGAUAUCAAUCUGGCCAGAGGGAGACGGUUGUCGAAGAGCAUCUCCAAGUCGUCGGAGAGCUUCGAGAGGAUCGAGAUAAAUGAGACUAAGGACGAAGAGGAGAACGCCGAAGAAGAUUUCGGCAAAUGUUGCAGAAGAUCCUCGAAGAGAAUGUCCUCGGAGAGUUCGGACAAUUUGGAGAUGGACGACAGACUGGAGAACAGGAGGAUCAGGAGGACACCGAAGAGAAUAGCCAGCUCUAGUUACGUGGAUAUUGUCGCGACUGAUGAGCAGGAAGACGAGAAGAGACCGGUACCAGUCAGAAAGCCAUCCAGGCUUCAGAAGUCCUCGGAGAGCUCGGAACUUGGUAGCACGGAUACCUUGGACUCGGAGAGGAGGAAUAAGUCCUCUGAGAGCACCGAGACUCUGGAUAGUUUAGAGAGGGAUUUGGAUCAGGACAGGAAGCAGGAGGAUCUUGCAGAUGCCGUGGUAGACAAACGCGAGAAAAACGACUCUUGGACCAACAAGAACCUAGUGACGACUGACGAGAUCCCGCCGGUAGCCGACGGUACAGAGGACUCCAAGUCACUGAUUUCCCCAGAUAAGUUCUACUGGCGUCAGUCGUCCGAGUCGAAGGAGAACAUCGAUAUACAUCAGCUGUUAGCCAUCACAAUAGUUACCAGAAUGGCCGACAACGGCAAUAAUCAACGAAGCUCUGUGAUUUAUCCUAAGAAGAAGCAACAGAUCACCGCAUCUCAGCCCACCUCUCCGGUCGCUAAACAAGAAGACAACAAGAUGCUGUUCGACAAUCUCCUUGUCAGUAAAAACGACGAGGACUUGCAGAACAUGCUGAACGGGAAUAUAUCAGAGGUGUCCACUGACACGAAGACCUUCAAGGAGAAGCUGAUCAUGUUUGAGAAACUUGGAAAAUGAACUGCAUAUCGUCUUUAUGAUGAAUUAACGUUGAUUCAAUUGAUUUUCGUUCGUCGAUAUGCUUUUUCAUUCGUUUAAAUGGAACGUAAGAGGCUGAAACAAAGCUGUUCGAAAGAUUCAAAUUUCCUUUAUAGGACACGAUGCCUAUUUUCUUGCAAACGUUUUUAUAUCAAUUUCAUUUAUAGACUGAAUAGGCUGGAGGAGAUAAGAAUAUAUAUAUAUAUAUAUUAUAUAUACAAAAGAAGGAGAAUCAAGAAGGACAAUAACGUAACAUUAUUUCAUUAAAUUUUGUAUAAUGUUUUCAUAAGAAAAUUUUUUUGUUUCAAAGAGAAAGUGAAAAGAGAAUUGAUUCGUAAGCAGAAAUGAACGCGUUGACCGCCAUGGCCAUCGCUGCAACAUUCACUCUAAGGUAUCGCUAACAUUUUAAAUAGAAAAAAUGAAUCCCAUAUGACAGUAUAUCAGAACCAAACAUUGUUAUUUCUGUCGUGAGAGUCAACGUGUUAACCGUGAAUCGCCGUUGUUAUUUAACUUCUUCCGUUGCUAUGUGUUGUUUUAAUUUGUCCUAAGAAUCGCGUAUUUCAUUAGGAUUACCAGAGUCCUAUUUGAACCCAGUAUUAGCUGGCGCACGAUAUAUCGUGAAACGACCUUCUAUUAUCGUGCUUGCAGAUUCUUCUCGUGUUAGGCAUCCAUCGUUUCGUGGAACUUGUUGUACAGUAGCUUAGAGAAGGCGCAAAAUAGAUGUCGCGUUUCGUUUCGUUGUGUAAGUACAAAAGAGAGAGAAAGAGAAAAAAAAGUAACAGAAAACCCCAUUGCGGAAUUAGGCACGAUGGUGAACGAAUAGGGUACGAAUAAGAAGAGCGACAAAUGUAAUGUUCAGUAUCGGUUAGAAAGUGUUUAAACCACAGGGUACCGUUGUUAAACGAAAUCAUGUGAAAUCAUUCAUAUCUAGAAACGUUAUGGUAAUCUUUUGGAAAAUGCUGCCUUUCCAUUACCAAUUCAACAUUUUCUAUAUGUAUAUCGACGUCGUUGAAAUGUGCGAGAGCAACAAAUGAUAUUCUAUAUACCCGUUCGAUGUUCAAGAAGUGUUAAAUAUUUUCUUCGUUUCUUUGUUUCCUCCGCGUAUCAUUGUACGAUACCAUGAGGAUACGUGUUUUUGAUUUUCGAUACAAAUGUACGUUCGGAAUGAUACAUUCCUCUACGUUGAAAUCAAAAAAAGAACCGUGACUUUUCGUUGUGUACUUUUAAAGGGAGAAAGUGGGAUCAUCGUGGGGUGAAAAAAGACGUUAGAACAGAUCUUUCCAAGAGGAAUUUUUAGUGGGAAGGAAAUUUAAUUGAAAUGAAGGAUGAGAGGAAAGGCAGAUCGAUAGAUGCCACUCUUGGAAAGGUCUGUGUUAGAGCGUAUCGUUUCUGUCACGUGGACCACGUGAAAGACAGGAUACUUCUUUUCAGUCUUUUUUUAAGUGCCUUAACGAAAUAACGAGGAAUCGACUGGAUGAGUAAAAUUACACGUUGGAUAUCAAUUGCGGGGUAAACCUUUCGUCACCCCCUCACCCCUACGCUCUCCUUUUAGUUUUCUAGUUGACCGUAAACGUCUCAGAGCCCAAAAGAUACGUGUAGAUUAUUAGAUUAACGAGAUAAAUAGAGGAUUAACCAUCACUGUAAACGUAUAAGAACUUGCAUAAUUGAGAAAAAUAUAAAUAUAUAUAUAUGUAUACAUGUAUGUACGUAUAUGUAUGUUGUACAUAUACAUACAUAUAAAGGGUGUUUCCAAUCUGAUGGCACACCUGAAAAGGUGGAAAAUCUAUAUGAGAAAGUAAAUCGAAAAUGUCGCUUCAUUUCUGAAUAAAUCGAUGUUGAAGAUUCAUCGAAAUUUCUGUAUUUCAAAGGGACCGUCAUUUUAUUUUUGAAACGAUGGCGCGAAUAUUCAAAGAAGCGCCGCCUGGUGUCGGCGAGGAGAACUAAAGAGCGGAGUAAUUUUUGCGGUCCCUGUCGGUAAAACAGGAAAGCUCAGUUUUAGCCCCAAAUGGUAGAUGGCGCUACGUGUUUUCCCGCGCUACAGCAUUCUUUUUUAAAAGUAUAAUGGUAUAUUUUUGAUUUAUUUUCUCACGUAAAUUCAUUCCCUUUCCGAUUGUGCCACCAGGUCAAAACCACUCGGUAUAACUACAGAAAGUCGCCCGAUGUAAUGUAAAUAAAGCUGCCAUCGUAAUUACAGUUUGACAACAGAA